AAAUGAACCCAGCAGACCGGAGCAGGGGAAAAGCUGCAGAGAGUUUAGGCCUCCGGAUCGACAAACAGCGCGUCCGCGUCGAGGGAACAAAGGAGUUGUAAGAGCUGAAUGAUGGAAGUAGUGUAAACUUCAGGACCCCCCUCGCACAAGAUGUCAAAAAGACCUUCCUAUGCCCCUCCCCCUGCCCCCACUCCCACAACACAAUUGCCCUCCGCCCCAGGGUUUGUGGGCUACAACCCUUACAGCCAUCUGGCCUACAACAACUACAGGCUGGGAGGGAAUUCCGGAGGCAGCAGCAGGAAUUCCUCAGGAAUCACUGUUCCCAAGCCCCCCAAACCUCCAGACAAGCCGCUGAUGCCUUACAUGCGGUACAGCCGGAAGGUAAGCAGGAAGGUAUGGGACCAGGUGAAAGCUUCCAACCCAGACCUGAAGCUAUGGGAGAUCGGUAAGAUCAUCGGAGGGAUGUGGAGGGACCUGACGGACGAGGAGAAACAGGACUAUCUUAACGAGUACGAGGCUGAGAAGAUCGAGUAUAACGACUCCCUGAAGGCCUACCACAACUCUCCGGCCUACCUCGCCUACGUGAACGCCAAAAACCGCGCGGAGGCCGCGCUGGAGGAGGAGAGCAGACAGAGACAGACCCGUAUGGAGAAGGGCGAGCCCUACAUGAGCAUCCAGCCUGCAGAAGACCCCGACGACUACGACGACGGCUUCUCCAUCAAGCACACGGCGGCGGCGCGCUUCCAGAGGAACCACCGGCUCAUCAGCGACAUCCUGAGCGAGAUCGUGGUUCCCGACGUGCGCUCCGUGGUCACCACGGCCCGCAUGCAGGUCCUCAAACGGCAGGUCCAGUCGCUGAUGGUGCACCAGAGGAAGCUGGAGGCGGAGCUUCUGCAGAUCGAGGACCGUCACCAGGACAAGAAGAGGAGAUUCCUGGAGACCACCGACUCCUUCAACACUGAGCUCAAACGGCUGUGCAGCCAGAAGGUGGAGGUGGACAUGGAGAAGCUGGCGGCAGAGAUGGCGGCGGCGGAGGAGGCAGCCAGGCGGAGGGUGGAGGAGAGGGAGCGGGAGGCGGCCGAGCAGGCGGAGAAGGCGGCACAGGAGCAGCAGGAGCAGGCGGACAAGGUCGCCGCCACGUCGCCCAGCGCCUCGCAGCCCAGCAACCCUGACCAGAGCCCCACCGCCACACCCCCCACCCAGGCUCCUGCCUCGGAGAGCAAGGAGGAGGGUGAUCAGCCCACCCCCAUGGAGACAGACGAGGCGGCGCCCGCAGAGCUAUCGGACCCCCAGCCGCCGUCUGAAGAAGUCACGCCCGUCCCCGCAGAGAAGCCGCCGGCGCCGCCCUCCGAGCCGGCGGAGAGCGCAACCACGGACGAGGGCACCAACGACAGCACCGCCCUCUCCGAGAGCAGCUCCGAAGCCCCCGCUCCCCCCGCUCCCCCCCCGGCCCCCGAGGCCACCCCCCCGACCCCCACCUCCACCCCCGCAGAGGAGCCCCCACCCAGCCAGCCACAAUAACACCUCCCCCUCCCAGAACGGUAGGCCUGUUCGCCCUCGUUACCCCACCCUGGUGCUGCCGACCUGAGGCCCUGUCCAGAUCCAACCCCUACCCCCCCCCCCCCAUACACACCUAGCCAUACCCGAGGAGGAUGAGGGCAGCAUGGGCAUCAGUCUGGCCCAGCCUGAUGGUGAGCAGGAGGUGUGAGUAGAGCAGCCAGGGUUUGUUUCUGGACAAGGUCUCUGGCUUCCCCCUCCUGAAGUGCACUUCUGCGCCUCCCUAUUUGGAAUGGUGGAAGCAUGUGUUGGGUAGAGGGGGUGUGUGUGUGUCCACCAGCUCCUAGAUUUAUUCCAGUUCAUUUCCUGUGAAUCCAGCAGGGAGAGGCAGGCAGGUGCACUCACUUCUGAGGGUAUGGGGAGGAGAUUGCAGGCCACCCCUCUUACCUUAUUGACCUCAGCUUAAAACACACACACACACAACCCUUCAUUGCAGAGAGGCACUCUGGUUGGUGGACCCAUGCGGGAAACCUUCCAGUACAUUCCACCCGUUAUAAAUUAUCAUAAGUCUCUGGUAGCCUCUACAGGGUUGAUCUUGAGGGCCAUAGUACUUGAGCUAUACAACACCCAUUUCAAUUUUUUUUUACCAUACAUGCUAUUUUUGUUGCCUCUUAUGUUUGGUAAGUUAGGCACCCAUUCGUUUUAGAUUGACUGAUUGAAUUCCAGUGAGUGAAAUAAUUUGCCCAUGUGUUGUUGCUUAGUAAGAGGAAAAUUGAGAAUUGUUCAAUGCGUCAUACAUGCAUCCAACUCCCUACUGACAAUUCAAUAACAGACAAAUAGACAUGUAACCUCACACUUUGAAAUGACUGUUUUUACUUGAAUCUAAAUGAUUUUAGUAUGCCUCUUCUUUAUGCAUAUUAUUUUGUACUGGUCUACUUCUGCCCAAAUAAAAAUGGUUUCUCUGUC